GUUAAUGUGGCUGGAGAGUGCAUGCAGAUAGCUUCGUCGCAUCACAAAUGGCUACAUUUCAUAUUCUUGGCAAAUAUUGAUGGAUGGGUGAGUCAACUGGCGAGUUCUGCGGCAGCACGUGAGACGGAUCCCCCACGGAGUCCGGCUUGUGAGGUCAUCGACUGCUGUGUCUUGCAAGUCGCUAUGGCCAACUUUGACGAUGGCGGUAAGACGAGCCCUGCAGACUGCGUCUCGGGGUGCUAGCCUUCGAUAUCAUUGUUUCUCAACCUUUCCAGCAAGGUCCUUUUCUUCGUCACCUCCCGUACAGACGACUACAUCCCCACGGCACGCGUUUGCUUACGGCGCCAAUGAUGAAGUUGCCCGUCUCGCCGCCAGUCGUCGCCGACCAUUGACUCUAGCAGAUCUGCUCAAACAUGGGCGUCCGCCCCUGUGCAAAGAUGCCCUCCUGGCCUCGGCCAACUUCACGCUCUCCCUUCUUCCGGCCCGCCUAGCGUCUCGUAUCGAGGCUCUCCGCAACCUCCCUUUCAUCGUUGUAUCGAAUCCGCAUGUCUCCAAGAUCUAUAACAACUACCUACACUCGCUCUCUACUCUCCUGCCAUAUCAGCAACGCCAGGUCACGACGCUAGAGGAGGAGAACCAAUUCGCUGAAGUACUUGCCGAUCUCGUGCAUACGCAUACGAACACCAUUCCCAUUCUUGCCCGCGGCUUUCUCGAAUGUCGCCGAUACAUCGAUCCCACUGAGGUAACUCGGUUCCUGGACACGCACCUGCGCGCCAGAAUCGGCACGCGGCUCAUAGCAGAACAACACUUGGCGCUGCACUUUGCCUCGCAGCCGGUCCGCGACGAUCCAUCUGAACAACAAGAGAGACCGAAGGAUGCUGCACCAUCAAAUUACAUCGGAGUCAUUGAUACCGCACUGCAACCCGCCCGCAUAGUCAAGUCAUGCGAGGACUUUGUGGGCGAGAUCUGCGAGCUGAAGUAUGGGGUCCGUCCGCGGUUGAACAUCGGUGGACAGCCGGACGCUUCUUUCGCACAUGUGCCGGUCCACGUGGAGUAUAUUCUUACCGAGUUGCUGAAAAAUGCUUUCCGGGCGGUUAUUGAGUCCGGGAAUGGGAAUGAGCCCAUUGAGGUGACCAUUGCGGCGGCACCUGAUGUUCCUGCCAGUCCGGUACAUGACCCGAAGGCGAAGGAGAAGUGGAGUCAUUCCGAUUCGGAUACUGGAUUUCACAUGGACACCGUGGUGGGAACGGCGGAUGCGAACGAGUCAAUCAAGUGUUGGUCGCCGUCGCAGCAGAGCAUCACGAUCCGCAUCCGAGACCGGGGUGGAGGUAUCCCUCCGGAGGUGCUGCCGAACAUCUGGUCCUACAGCUUCACUACCUUCUCUGACUAUGGUAUGAACGGGUCGGAGAAUGGCAGUAUGGACGCGCUAAACACGAUAUCCGGCAGCGGGGGUCAUUUGAGCAGCAUUGCCGGACUGGGGUAUGGACUGCCGCUGAGCCGGGCAUAUGCAGAGUAUUUUGGAGGGAGCAUCGCGGUGCAGAGCUUAUGGGGAUGGGGAACGGAUGUAUACUUGACGCUCCAGGGAGUAGCCAUGCCAUCUUGUGUACCGCAACAUUGAUAUAACACUAAUCUAACGAGGGCCGGAACCAAUCUAAUACCACUUACUAUCUUUC